UCGGGGUUCCCGGAUGAGGGUCUGCUGGUCGGUAAUUCUUAACCUGCACCUUUUUCCAUGAAGAAUUUCAAUCAAGCUGCAGAAAAGGCUCCAGCAAAGCGAUCGUGAGUUUUAACCAAUGAAGAAAAUUGAAGCCAAGAGGAGGAAGUGUUUCUGGAGCAACUUGCGUCCUAAGCACCCCACACACAUCGACUCAGGCCCUCUCAGCCAUAUCCCUGGGGCGAGUACCAUCACCCCCUUGUACAGGUCAGCAAAACGAGGCUCGGUGCAGACUGGCCCAAGCCCACACGGGUCCUGAGUGGCAGAGCUGGGGGUCAAACGGCCCGAGGUCCAUCUGCUGUCAGUACAGCCUGGAUGAACCUCAGAUUUGAUGAAGAGUUUCCCAGCAGCCCGAGAGAAAGGGGAAACAGGACCUACUCCCCACAGAUCCCUCGACAGGAAGAAGCCGCACGUCUCUGAAGCGAGCAGGAAGCCCUCCCUGGUGCUCAGUGAACGGGACUUUUCUCAAGUGGGAGCCCAUGAAAGGAGCUUUGGGAGCGGAACAUCCUGGGCUCAGCCAGGACGGGACACGCCUGGCCUGCCUCGGGCUCCUGGGCAAAUGCCGAGCUGGGGGAGCAGGUGCUGUCCCCAGCAGUCCUCCCUGGGUGUUUCCUUCUGUCUGUCUGUCUCUUCAUGCCCCUCGCUCUCUUCCCUGCGGUCCCUUCCCCGCUCACGCCCCACAUGCAGAGGUCCUCGGCAGAACUGAUGGAGGAAGUGCCGCUGCAGACCCCGCCACUUCCUCCCACGUGGGCUGGGCGGGGCCGGAGGAGGCUGGCACAGCCAGGUGACACUCCCCGCCUGGCCACCAAAGCAGCUGCCGGGUCAACGCCCGGGAGCAGGGCCACCUUCCCCCAGGGCCUUGGGAUGGACCUGUGUCACCCAGACGCAGCCGAGCUGAGCAGCGGGGAGGCCGAGGAGCUGCAGAGGAUCCGAUGGCACCGGGAACAGCUCCUGGAGGACAUCCAGCCUCCAGGCCUGGGGAGCUCACAAAGGCAGUUCCUGUUCAGAGGGACGACCGAGCCCACAGGCUGGCCCCGGGCCUGGCCGCAGGCUCCCUGCUCCAGGCCUGCCUCGGGGCAGGAGCUGCACACAGAUGCCACAUGUCACCUGCAGGGCAUCCAGUACCUCAUUGAGCACAAGCUGCUGACCCCGGACGUCCAGGACAUCGCCCAGUUCCUGUAUAAGGGCGAGGGCCUCAGCAAGACGGCCAUCGGCACCUAUCUGGGGGAGAGGGACCCCACCAACCUGCAGGUCCUCCAGGCCUUUGUGGACUGCCACGAGUUUGCCAACCUCAACCUUGUCCAGGCCCUCAGGCAGUUCCUCUGGAGCUUCCGGCUGCCCGGGGAGGCCCAGAAGAUCGACAGGAUGAUGGAGGCCUUCGCCGCCCGCUACUGCCUCUGCAACCCCGGGGUCUUCCAGUCCACAGACACCUGCUACGUGCUGUCCUUCUCCAUCAUCAUGCUCAACACGGGCCUGCACAACCCCAGCGUCCGCGACAGGCCGCCUUUCGAGCGCUUCGUGUCCAUGAACCGCGGCAUCAACGACGGCAGCGACCUGCCCGAGGAGCAGCUCCGGGUAAGGGUCAGGGCCACCGCGGGGUCCCGGGCAGCCAGAGGGGCCUGUCCUGAGAUGAUGGCCUGGGGGCUCCCCGGCACAGGCCAUGCCUGGAGGGGACGUGCUGCGGUGGACCCGCCAGGCCCCGUCUGGGGAGGACCUCUGCAGCCAGCCCACCCACAGGCCUCCCAGGUCAGGCCCCUGGGGGACGCGGGCGACGGCAUCCACACCUUCCAGGAAGGACGCCCCGCAGACCAGGCUGCCGCUUGCAACCCCAGAGCCUCACCCUGGGACUCUGCCUCCUCUGCUGGGACCCAGGGAGGCACACACAAGGCCCGGCCCUGGGGUGGAGGGGACACGGGUGGCCAGGAGGGGAGGAGGACCGACCUCCCCUGCCGCGGGCCUCUUGCAGGGGGCCGCGUGAAGACCUGGAAGCGGCGCUGGUUCAUCCUGACGGACAACUGCCUCUACUACUUCGAGUUCACCACUGACAAGGAGCCCCGCGGGAUCAUCCCCCUGGAGAACCUCUCGGUGGAGAAGGUGGAGGACCCCAAGAAGCCGUUCUGCCUGGAGCUGUACAACCCCAGCUGCCGCGGCCAGAAGAUCAAGGCCUGCAAGACGGACGGCGAGGGCAAGGUGGUGGAGGGCCGGCACGGCUCCUACCGCAUCUCGGCCUCCAGCGCCGAGGAGCGGGACCAGUGGAUCGAGGCCAUCCGGGCCAGCAUCACCCGAGUGCCCUUCUAUGACCUGGUCUCCGCUCGGAAGAAGAAGAUCGCCAGCAGGAAGUGAGGCUCCCGGGAGGUGGCACGGGCCAGCAUCCUGGUCCCCUGGACCCCUGGACCCUCCCCCAGGGCGCCCUCUCCAGGCCACAGACACCGCCGCCCACCAGGGGGGCAGGACGGAGGGCACAGAGCCUGGCUGUGAGACCCACCGCAGCUCUGGGGCGGGCACACAGGGAGGGCCAGGAGAAGGCGGAGAGAAGCCAGCUGGACCCGGACACCGAGCCUCCCUGGGCAGCCUGUCCGCGGCCCUUGGCUCUCAGAAGUCCCGCCGCCCUCCAAGCCCUCGCCAGCCUCCUCCUGCUCAGGCCUGCAGGUCGGGCCCCGCUCUCGCUCCUGAGACCCACCAACAGGACCCCAGGAGAGGUGCCCGGAGCGCUGGACCCGGAGCCCAGACCCACGGUCCAGACCUACCUCCGGCCCUCCCCGCGCCCUCGGCCACGCCGGGCCCCUCCCUGGCUCCUGCAGAACCACAGUCUGGACUGGAAACGUCUGGGCCUGCGGGCUGCGUGCCCACGAGCAGCUAGGGCCGGUGGCACUGGUCCACUGAGCUGGGUGACAGUCCUGGCUGCUGGGGGAGCAGGGCGGGCUCCACCCCAGGAUGUCCACCUGGGAGGCAGGACAGGCAGGACUCCAGCAGGACGGUGCUGCCAUCAGGGUGGAGCUUCGCAGGCCUGGUCCCCAGGAGGACUUCCUGGAGGCAGCGGCCAAACCCAGGAGCGGCACACGGGGUCCACGCAUGGAGAGGCAGCGUCUCCCUGGGUUUCCCCGCUGGACCCUGGCUAGCGCCGCCACGGUCAUGAAGGGUGGCACCGUGGGUCCCAGCGCCCCAGGCCCUGCCCAGUGCAGCACAUGGCAGAGCAGGGCCACCAACCCCGGGCAGACAGCUGGGUCUCUAGGGAGGCUCCGCCUGCAGGAGGAUCCGGGGACAGUCUUCCCAGGAGCUCUGCUUGCCCCCGGGGCAGGGGAGCCUGCAGGGAGCCUCCCUGACAGGCAGCAGGACGCGGGCAGCAGGGGCGGGCAGAGCAGCGGGUUCCCCAGGAGGAGCAGCAGUGGCCACGUGGCCCUCCCACCCCGCCCUGGUGCACGCUGUCCAGGGGUCAGGUGGAGAGGCCACAGGAGGUGGUGGGAGCUCUGUCUGAAGGUGGCAGGUACCUGGCAGCCGUGUUGCACCCCUGCGGGCAUCGGCAGGACAUGUGGGGACUUCUUCAGAUCGCAGCCUGUGGGCUGAGCCCGCCUUGGCCACCCCGUGAGGCCAGUGAAAGGGCCUCAGGGUCCGUGGAAGGAAGACUGGCCGGGGGCCGGGUCAAGGUCCUCUCCUGCCUCUGGCUCACGUGGACUCUGUGACCCUCGCUGGUUCCCAGCUCCCCCGUCAGUAAAGGACAGGCACGAGUGGGGGACAGAAUGAAGUCCCCAUCCAACGUGCAGUGGGCUCUGUCCUUCCACGACCACCUCUGCCAUCCCUGACCUCACCUUGGCCUCUGUCCCUUUCCCAAACAGGGGGGAGUGGGCCCUCAGAUAUGCUGGAACCGCAUCCUCGGGACACCAGGGCUGCCGGGCUGGGCAGAGGUCCCCAGGGACUGGACUUCUGCCAGGCUGGGCUGAGCUGGGUCUGCCGUCCAGGCAGCACCAACCACAGACAGAGACAGCCUCCGCCUUGAGAGGCACCGAGGUCUCCCGGGUCCAGGGUGUGGGCACAGGCUGGCCACAGGGGUCACUCGAGGGGCCACGGGGAGGCUGGUGUGUGACCUUCGUCCACCUGGACUCUCAGAGGUGUCUGUGGCACAUCUACAGUGUGUCCGACCAAAGCCCUGCCCACUGGGUCCUGAGCCCUAGGGCUCUGGGCAGACCCCAGAGGACAUUUAGGACGCGGAGGUCACCCCACACCUUAUCCUGGCUCCCACCCUGAACCCCACCCCUGGGGCCCCUCCUCAGAGGGAGCUGAGCUGCUGCCCUACCGGCACAUGCCUUCCUUCAGACUGUGCUUAUUGAGCACCUACUGUGUGCCGGGAUCCUUGCACAGAGCCAGGGAUCCAAAUGACCCAGACGAAGCCCUUGCCCUCAAAUCAGCUCAGGCUUACAGAAGCCAUGGGGUGGACAAAGUCCGAGCCCAGGCCGACCUGCGCCGUGGCAGAGGGGAGCACCGGGCACGGCUGGGCAGAGGGGCCACCGGGAGAGGGGUCUCCAAGGAGCAGCCAGCUUGUGGUCGCCAGGCCUGGGAAUGCAGUGAGGUCAUGUCUGCCUCUGGGUGGCCUGUGAGCUCCCAGGGGUUCGACUGCACUCACGCUGGUGCGGAGUACACUGUAGGUGCCUCAUAACUGCUGGGUUGGCUGCGGUUAGCAGACAAAGGCCCUGGUGGCCUCAGCCUCAGCAGGCCCUGGUGGCCUCAGCCUCAGCAGGCUCAGGUGUCUGGAGGCACAGGGAACGGUGAGGGCGCUGCCAGGGAAGGGCAGUGGGAGAUGUUAGUAGGGCCACAGCACCCUCCCUGGCCGGUCCCCAGGUCCCCUCAGCUCUGCCCGCUUGGCUGACACCCUGCCACUUCUCGCUCUGGGCAGCAGGGGGCGCCCACCACACGUGGAUGAGCGCAGCCAGCCCCGUCCAGCCUGGAGCCCAGCGCCCGGCAGGGAGGGCACAGAGCCAGGGCCCGGGCCCCUGGUCUCCCAGGGUUUUCUGGCUCAAGCAGCCCAUGAGCCCCUGGGCACUGGCUAGCGUGAGCCCCUUCUCCCAGUGGGCAGCCCCCGCCUGGCCUGGACCCGGGGAGCCUCUGUCUGGGGUCCCCCGAGACGGCUCCUGCCCUCUCUGGAGUGGUUCCUCCCUGAGGGGUGGUCCUGAGGACUUGGUCCUGGAGACCUCUGGGUCAGGGUCUCAGGCACGGGAACAGCACACUCCUGCCCUGGACGGCUGGGACAGGUGAGAGCAGACGGGCAGGUGUCCCGAUAGCUGCUCCCACGAAGGCCACUGGGCGGCGGUGAGCGCCCGGGUCUGGUUCAAGGCCCAGCUCUGCCCUGUGCCCGACGCAGGCUUCCCAAGGUCCGCGGCAUCCGGGGGCUGUCUCUAACGGUGUCCCACACGCAGGUGGCCAGGUGCUUCUGAGGAGUGGGGUGGCCCCUCUGCCAUCUGUCACGUGCUUCUGUCACAUCGCCCCAAGGCAGACUGGGUGCUGGCUGCCACGCAGAGCCAAAGCAGCCCAGGACGCCGGAGGACGGGUGGUUCCUGGGGCUGCGAGGGAGGGGACCCAGGAGGGCCUGGGAAGAGGCUCCAGGGGGGCACACGGGGGGGCCUCAGCCCUCCAGCCUGCGAGGCCGGGAGGACGCGGGACAGCCAGGUGCUUCCUGGACCCCCUUGGGCCCAAACACCAGCCGGUGGGCCCCGAGGGCGCAGGGUUGAGGGAGGCCAGGUCCAGGAGGGGCUGAGUGGCCUGGGCAGCGCUGGGACCCCCGCCCACCAGCUCUGCCUGCAGGGAGCCGGGCAGGGGCUGCGGCCAUGCCACGGCGGAAUGGAGGCUGUGUCGGCACGGUGGGGCCACGUGGCUCCUCCUGGGGCGCAGGAGGACGGAGUAAGGGGCUCUGUGAAGCCAGGGGCCACCGCCAGGCGCCUGUGGGGGAGCCUGUCCACAUGGAGGCCCGGCUUCCGGAGCUGGCAGCUGGCCCUGCAUCCGGCUGUCAGGGGACAGGCAGCCCAGCGCCGGCAGCAGGUGUGAGAGACCUGGAGAAAUUGAUUUAUUAGGGACGAUGAAAGGAGCUAAAUAUGUUUGCCGGCUCAGCGAUGACUCAGGCGUCCCCCAGGGGUUCGCGAGUGUGAGCAUCAAAGAAGCUAAGACAGGCCUCCCGCCACCGGGCACCGCCGCCUGAGUCCCCUCUUCCCAUAAUGGGAGCAGCGGCCACCUGGCCUGCAGGACGGAAGAACACGGCCUGGGGUGAGGCACGUCCAGGUCCAACCCCUGGACUUACCCCAGAUUGCUGUGCCAUCUUGACAAGUAACUGACCCUCUCUGGACCCGCGUUUACCAGCAGGAUCCAUCCCCGGCUGGCCAAGCCCCUCAGCUCCCUCUGGUCCGGAGUGACCUCACGGGGGAACGCGCUCUGCUGGCCCCAGGCUCCAGACCCUGUGCUGGGCAUCAGGAGGGACGGGAUGCAUCCCGCGCAGGCCAGAGACGCCCAGAGGAGGGCCAGGCCCCACCCUAGGGGCAGGAGGGGACGGGGACAGACGGGACCUGAGGGGCUGCUCUGGGGUGCCUGGGGAGAGUGGGCUGGAGGUGGCCGGCCCUGGACGGCAAGUCAGACUGGGAGCAGGCGCGGGGUCCCCCUGGCCCUGCGAGUCCUGCCUCCCUGCUUCACCCGAGCCAAGUCCCCUCCUCACGAUCCCCGAGCCGUCUGGACGGAGUGGGGGGCCGCGAGGGCGCCAAGCAGGAGGCUCUGGGGGUGCUCCUCCAGGCCACUCCCGGGGACAGACCAGGGAGCCCAGGGGGGAGGACACGGGGCUGCAGGGGCGAGUGAGGGACAGGUGGUGGCCAGAGAGGGGCAGCCUGGGUUUCAGGAGGGCGGAGGACAGCAGCUCGAGGGCCCCAGUCUCCCUGGCAUCCCGCAGAGGGCAGGCGUGGGGGAGCGGGCAGGUGACCCCGGGUCCGCGAGGCCCCUGGACUCCCAGGCAGAGACCACCGGCUUCAAGUUAAGUAAGGGUGGGGGCUCAGGGCCAGCCUCCCCCCGGGGACCCCCGUCUUUCUCCCCUUCCCUCCCCGCCCUUCCCUCCUCCUGCUCGCCGGCCCUGCUUGGUCAUCUGUCCCGGCUCCAGGACACACAGGCAAGCCCCUGGGCAGGGGUCAGCCUGCAGGCCUGGGUUUGAAUCCUGCACCCGCUGUGUGGCUCAGGGCAGGUGCACUACAGUCUCUGGACCUCGGUUCCCCGACUCAAGGACCUAGGUGGCAGCUCCAGCCACCAGGGCUCUUCAGGGGCUGUCCUGGUCCCUGACAGCUCAGGCUGGGUGGCGGGAGGACUGCCCUGGGCUCAGAGGGCAGGGGAGUCCGGCCCCUCCCAAGCCAGAGGUUUCCCUGUCUCCAGGGCAGGGCAGGGCUGCGGGGCGUGGGCAGUGGACACGUGUGGCCUGCGAGGUCUCCUUUCUUCCUGGGUUAAUGCUCUUUGUUUUGGUCCCAGGGACUGAGCCCAGGGACGUCUGACCACUGAGCCCCGCCCCAGCCCUUGGGUCUGUGGAUUUACUCUUAUUUAGAGACAGAGUCUCACUGAGUUGCUUAGGGCCUCGUGCUGAGGCUGGCCUUGAGCUUGUGACCGUCCUGGGCCACUACAGGCGUGUGCCACCACGCCCCGCUCUCUCUGUGCAUUGGAGCUGACCCAUGUUCCCGAGCACCCGUGCCCACCGCACCCCACCCUCGUCCACGGGCCUCGGCCACCGUGUCCUGCAGUCCCCAGAGCAGGCUCCACGGUCACCAGACCCAGGCGGAGGGAGGCGCCGGGAGCCCGCCCUCUAACGUGGGCCCCUCGAGGGUGUCCCAGAGACUGGCCACGUCCACAAGAGCCCAGCAGGAGGCGGGACACCCCGCGGGGCACUGUGGACGGGACCGAGGCUGCUUCGUCCUGGGAGCGAAGGGCAGCUGCUCACGCUGAACAACCUGGGCUCAGGCCCCGCCCCGAUUCCAACAGACCCCCCUCCUCUGUGAGCCCCGUCCUGCCCCAAGGCAUGGCGUGGACUCAGAGUGUCCUUGGCAGGCCUGGUCGGCUCACGCCUCAGCAGACACCAGCUGGACAACAGGCUCUUGACGCGGGGAGGUGGGCUCCAGGCUUCUCGCCCCUUUCUCCAGGAGCUGCCAAAGGCCUCUUCCUACAGGAAGCCCUCCCUGACCACCCAGCCACCAGGGCUCCUUUAAGACUGAGAUUCCUGAAGAGCAGCCGUGCCCACCCCUGCACCUGGCCUCCUCCAAAGGACACUCGGCACCUGCUUCUGUCCCAAUCCUAAGUGAUCCCCGUUUGGCCUUGGAGCCCCCGCUUCAAGGUCUAGGUCUACUGCAGGCUGCACGGUCUCCUCCUCCUCCUCCUCCUCCUCCCUCUGCCUCCCCAGGGGACGUCCAGCCCCAGCUAAGUCCAGCCCCAGCUUUAGCAGCACCCACCCCCCAGGAGGAGCCUGAGGCUCCCAGGUGUUAGGGACACGUCCUAGGUGACCAACACGCAGGCUCCAUGCAGAAGACUGCCCACAGAGGAGGGCACGGAGGAGGGCACGGAGGCGCAGAGUCGGGGACUUGCCCAGAGUCACAGGCCACAGUGGCAUCUGACCCCAGAGGCACCCAGCAACCCACAGAGAUUCCAGCGGAGCCGAGGUCAGCUCCGGCCUUUCCAGGCCCUGGCCUCGGGCUGGAGUCCUCUCUCUCCCUCCCCAGCGGGUUUCUGUUGAGCAGUAAGAGCCCUGAGCCGGCCGCCUUGGCCGGGUCCCAUGAAAACCAGCAGGACGCGGUCAUUGCCGAAAACCGGCCAAGGCGGAGAGGAGGAAGGGGGUAAGGACCCUUCGGCCUGGGGAGCAGCCCGUUCAGAAGACUUCCAGCAUGUCUGCACGUGCUCUGAGUGCCAUCUCGGCAGUGACACUAGAAAUACGGUUCUGUGACCCAUGUCUGCCUUCAUACCAGGGGACCACCGUGUCUCCCUGGGGGCCAGUCAGGGCAGGUUAGGGAACGCUACAUUAACAAGUAGCCCCCAAUCCUGAGGCUUGCGUCCACCAGGGGUUGUGUCUUGUGUGCCCAGCGUGGGUCUCUGCUUAACACUGUGACUCAGGGACCCAGGUGGCAGAGCUGCCAUCCUGACAUGGGCUGGCAGGAGCUCUGUCUGGAUAUGACAGUCACUUCCACUCACCUUUCAUGGAUCAAACGUGUCACAAGGUCACCUAACUUCAAGGGAAGAGGAAGUACCAUGCUGCACUGUACUGGGUUCCACCUGCCCAGCAAGAAGAGAGAAGAGGAUACUUAACAUGCAGUACCAUCCCCAUCACACCUGGGCUGACUCCCCACCAGCUCAGGACCGAGGUUCCUGGAAUCAGGACUUCUAGUACUAACACGGGGAAAGUCCUGGGUCAGCCAGACGCUGUCACUUUCAUUGCAUCCUGUGAUACAGUCUUCACAAACUCACUUUUCAAAACUACACAGCAUCCAUGUUAUUGGUGAGUCGGAGUUCUUCUCUCCAAUCCCCCAUUGCUGGACACUUAGAUUGCUCCCAGUUUUACCUGGCCAUAAAUCCACGGUCUGAAAUGUCUCUGAA